AUGCCUCUCCGUGCCAAACUCACAAACCCAGCAUUCGGGGCCACUGCUAGUAUGUCUACGGCACCUAUCCCCAAAGAACUCCCCGGAGACGAGCCCGACGAUGUCCUGUUCCACUCUCACUACGGUGUGCGGCUGAUUGAGCUCAACCGUCCCAAGAAGCUCAAUUCCUUGAACGGCUCGAUGGUUCGGAAGAUUGUGCCUCGACUGAAGGAAUGGGAAAAAUCCGACCUGGCCAAUGUCAUCAUGCUCUCUGGCGCUGGCUCGAAAGCUCUGUGCGCCGGAGGAGAUGUGGCUGCCCUGGCUCUGCAGAACGAGAAGGGCCCCGAGGGCCAGCAGGCCUCGUCCGACUUCUUCGCCGACGAAUACCGUCUCGAUCAUCUCAUCGCGACCUACCAGAAGCCCUUCGUCUCCGUGAUGGAUGGUAUCACCAUGGGCGGCGGUGUCGGUCUCAGUGUCCACGCUCCCUUCCGGAUCGCCACUGAACGCACCGUGUUCGCCAUGCCCGAGACCACCAUUGGCUUCUUCCCGGAUGUUGGCGGCUCCUUUUUCCUGUCCCGUCUCGAUGGAGAGCUCGGAACAUACCUGGCCCUUACCUCGGAGCGCCUCCACGGCGUUCAGGCCCUGUAUGCCGGAGUUGCCACGCACUACUUGCACUCCAGCGCGCUGGCCAACCUGACGGCCCGUCUGUCUGAGCUCGUCUUCCGUGACUACUCCACAUUCCAGGACCGUCUCGCUCUUGUCAACAAAACUAUGGCCGAAUUCUCGACGGGUGUGCCGUCCGUGCGCGAGGAGCCUAUCCAACUGGCUGGCAAGCUGCGCAGUGCUAUUGAUCGCUGCUUCCAGUACAACACGGUGGAGGAGAUCAUCCAGGCGCUGCAGAAAGAAACGGAGAUGAAGUCGUGGGCUGAGAAGACCCUGGAAACCCUGUCGGCGCGGUCACCUACCUCGCUCAAGGUUGCCCUGCGCCAGCUGCGUGUUGGCCGGCAGUGGACCAUUUCCGAGACCUUCCAGCGUGAGCACGCCAUCGCAUCCAAGUUCAUGAGACACCCCGACUUUGUGGAGGGCGUGAAGGCCCGUCUCAUGUCGAAGCCUCCCCGCCAAGCCACCUGGCAGCCGGCGACCCUCGAGGAGGUCUCGACCGAGGCUAUCGAUCAGUUCUUCGAGAUUCCCGAGUCUGCAUCGGGGCCUGAAUCUCGACUGAGUCUCUACCACUACAAAUCCCCGUACACCCAAUACCCCUACAAGUUCGGAUUGCCUAGCGAAAGCAGAAUCGAGGCUUUCGUGCGUCACCGUGGAAGAAAGGGAGACCUGACCCUCAAAGAGAUUGUUUCGAACUUCGACAGCAAAGAGGGUGUGAAGGAGAAGGUCGCCGAAGUUCUGGCCAGACGGACUGUCCGGGACGAGGCUGGUCUUCACUGGGUGAACUGA